UGUAACUUUAUAGAAAUAAGACAAUUGGUAGGCAACUAUAUAAGUACAAUAUUGAAUGUUUUCCUUUCAAUUAAGUAAGACGCAAUCAUCUCAAGAAGAGGAAAAAUGAAGACAAAUACAAUUGAAUUGAUUUUACUUGGCUUAUUUUGUUUCGGGACUGUAUUUGGCGGUGAUAUUGCAGAGUACGCCAAGAACCAGAUAAGACGCUCAGACUGGGCCUAUGGGAACACUUACAUCACUAGUACAUUUACAGUGCAGGCUAAUACCUAUAAAUCCCAUUUGUUUGUCUAUGAUGUAUUGAAUAACUGCAACGCAAACCCACCAAUGAGAUACGGAAUGCAUGGUGGUUGUAUGAGAGGUAUGCACCACAUGAUGAUGGGCUGUAACAUGCCUAUUGGGCCAAGUGAAUGGGGUAAUAUGUAUUGUUCAUACAUGAACAGCUGCUGGAAUUUAUGCACUUCCGUUCGCCAAAUUGAUGACAUAAUUAGUGAUGGAACUCGUGUUGCCAUAGUGACAGGGGAUCAAUUAACAACGAGUGCUAUGACAGACGUGGUAGAGGAAACUGACUGGGGAUUUAGGUCGGCAGGAGAUGGUUCUGAACAGUCUAUAACAGCAUGUUGGCGACACACAUGUUGAGAUAUGAAUAUGGACAUGUUUUGUUUCAAACUAUCUGAACAAUUUUAAUUUUAUCUCCAUUUUCUUUGCAUCUUGACUAAGACAACGAAUUAUCAGCAAUAAAGUGUUUUUUAUACAUUU